AAGUUGCAUGAAAUCAAGAUCAUCAACCCCCCACUCUCUCCUCUGUAUCUCAGUCAACUCCAUCAACCUGUUCAUAACACUUUUAACAUGUGUAGUACAAUAACAUUAGCCAUCAUUUGUAGUACCACACCACUACGUUGUACUACUUGUCCAAUACCUCUCUUCUAAGGUUCCCAUGCCCAGUAUAAAUUCUACGUUUUCCUCCCCUCUUUCCACCAAUUCACUUGUUAUACCACAAACAAACCCUCCCAAUUAAGCUUUUCGGAUUCCCACGUUUCUGUCUUUGUUAGUACGUCUCUGUUCCUCUGGGUUUUUUUUUUUGUUUGAAUUUUCACAAACCGAGGUAAAACGUUUGAUGUGGUUUUCAUCUUUUACUGCUUGUUACUUUACGUGCCAUAAAAUCUCUGGACUGUCCCUCCGUUGAAUCCGAUUCUAAUUCCAUUUUUGUUUCUUUCUGAUACCGCCGUCCAACUAUCUAUUUUGGAGUUUUUUAUUAUAAUGAUUGUGUUCUAUUAUUUAUAGUUAGAAUUAUAAUUAUGUUAUAAAUUUGGUUUAUUAGAUUCGAUAAUGUUAAAUGGAGAUGCGUAGGAAGUGAAGGAGCUGGGAGACUGUUGAUUAUUAUUUUUGUCCUCUUUCACUCUGUGAUAGAGUUAACCUUGACUUAAUUAUAUUUAUAGAUUACUCACUCAGAGUUGAGUGUUUGGUGAAUCCAAUGGGUACUAUAAGCAACGAAGAACUCGAAGAGAUUCAGAGUGUCGACAGAGAGGACAUUGAGGAGAUUCCAGUUGUGCCUCAGGAUGUGAGUAGAAUAGCACCAUGGCCAAGACAGAUUACGAUUAGGGGACUAAUAGCUAGCUUUCUGAUUGGAAUAAUUUAUAGUGUGAUUGUGAUGAAGCUCAACCUCACUACUGGAUUAGUCCCUAAUCUCAAUGUUUCAGCUGCUCUCCUUGGCUUUGUGUUCAUUCGAGCUUGGACUAAGGUGCUUGAAAGAGCCAAAAUUGUUCCCACUCCAUUCACUAGACAGGAGAAUACCAUAAUCCAGACUUGUGCUGUUGCUUGUUAUAGCAUCGCGGUAGGAGGUGGUUUUGGGUCUUAUCUCUUGGGGUUGAAUAGGAGGACUUAUGAGCAAGCAGGGGUUGAUACGGAGGGGAACAAUCCUGGUAGUACCAAGGAGCCUGGAAUUGCAUGGAUGUUAGCUUUUCUCUUUGUCACCAGCUUUGUUGGGCUAUUGGCGUUGGUCCCCAUUAGAAAGAUCAUGAUAAUAGACUACAAAUUAACUUAUCCUAGUGGAACUGCUACUGCUGUUCUCAUUAACGGGUUCCAUACUCCUAAAGGAGAUGUGAUGGCCAAGAAGCAAGUUCAUGGUUUCUUGAAGUUCUUCUCAGCCAGUUUCAUUUGGGCUUUCUUUCAAUGGUUCUAUACGGGAGGGAAUAAUUGUGGAUUUGUUCAGUUCCCUACUUUUGGAUUGAAAGCAUGGAAGAACUCAUUUUACUUUGAUUUCAGCAUGACUUACGUUGGAGCAGGAAUGAUUUGUUCCCAUCUAGUAAAUUUAUCCUUGCUUCUUGGUGCUGUGAUUUCAUGGGGCAUUAUGUGGCCUUUAAUCAGGGGACUAAAAGGAGAAUGGUUCCCUGCAAGUAUACCAGAAAGUAGCAUGAAGAGUCUUAAUGGCUAUAAGGUUUUUAUUUCCAUUGCCUUGAUUCUUGGUGAUGGGCUAUACAAUUUUGUCAAAGUUCUCUAUUUCACUGCCACAAAUAUCCAUGCCACUGUGAAAAAGAAGAAUCUUAAUACAUUUUCAGAGAACCAGAGACAAUUGCCUCAUGAUGACCUUAGACGGAAUGAAGUGUUUGCAAGAGAAAACAUUCCUAUAUGGUUGGCAUGUACAGGAUACAUAUUCUUUGCCAUCAUUUCUAUCAUUGUAAUCCCUUUGAUGUUCCCCCAGUUGAAGUGGUACUACGUGGUGUUUGCCUAUAUUUUUGCACCCUCUCUUGGCUUCUGCAAUGCUUAUGGAGCUGGCUUAACUGACAUGAACAUGGCCUAUAACUAUGGGAAAGUGGCUCUCUUUGUGCUUGCAGCCUUAGCUGGAAAAAGUGAUGGUGUAGUUGCUGGGCUUGUGGGGUGUGGCCUGAUUAAAUCUAUUGUUUCUAUUUCAUCUGAUUUGAUGCAUGAUUUCAAAACUGGUCACCUUACUUUCACUUCCCCUCGUUCAAUGCUUUUAGGCCAAGCUAUUGGGACAGCAAUAGGUUGUGUUGUUGCUCCUUUUACAUUCUUUCUUUUCUACAAGGCUUUUGAUGUAGGGAAUCCUGAUGGGGAAUAUAAGGCCCCAUAUGCCAUCAUAUACAGAAACAUGGCAAUUCUUGGUGUAGAAGGCUUUUCUGCCCUUCCCCACCAUUGCUUGCAACUCUGUUAUGGUUUUUUUGCAUUUGCUAUAGCAGCCAACUUGGUCAGAGAUCUUAGCCCAAAAAAUGUUGGGAGAUGGAUUCCACUUCCAAUGGCAAUGGCUGUCCCUUUCCUUGUUGGUGGUUACUUUGCCAUUGACAUGUGUGUGGGUAGUUUGAUUGUGUUUACCUGGCACAAACUAAACAAAAAUGAGGCAAGUUUGAUGGUUCCUGCAGUUGCUUCUGGUUUGAUUUGUGGAGAUGGAUUAUGGAUUCUCCCUUCAUCCAUUCUUGCUCUGUUAAAAGUUAGUCCCCCAAUAUGCAUGAGCUUUUUGUCUACCAGUUAGAAGUUCAUAUUAGUAUUCAAAUAUAGAGAUAAGAGGAAAUAGAUGUAGUCCACUUACUAAGGUAAUUAAUUAUGGGCAUAAUGUGGUAGGAGGCCUUCUUAAUAGUUAUAGUGAUUAGCAAUUUUAUUCAUAAAAGAUUCAGCUCUUGUAAUCUAGAGUGAUAUGUAAAUAUUUUGACAUACUUGAUUAGAGUGAGGGAUCAAUUUGAGUGCACAUUGCAUCACUCUGGCAAAUGGGUGAGAGUGAACAUAUUCAAAUUGAAUUUGUAGCACAUAUAACUCUAUUCAAAUUUGUUAAAUUCUGAAUUUAUAAAUUUACUUUUGGUAAGGAUGU